GUUGGCAAGGGCUGUCUGAUUUUGAGUGAUGAACUGAAUCAUGCAUCACUAGUGCUUGGAGCAAGACUGUCAGGAGCAACUAUUCGAAUCUUUAAGCACAACAAUAUGCAAAGCCUGGAGAAGCUGCUCAAAGAUGCUAUUGUGCAUGGGCAACCUCGUACACGGAGGCCCUGGAAAAAAAUUCUUAUCUUGGUGGAAGGAAUAUACAGUAUGGAGGGAUCCAUAGUCCGUUUGCCUGAAGUGAUUGCCCUUAAGAAGAAGUACAAAUCCUACCUGUACCUUGAUGAGGCUCAUAGUAUAGGUGCCCUGGGUCCCAGUGGCCGGGGUGUAGUGGAGUAUUUUGGACUCGAUCCUGAAGAUGUGGAUGUUAUGAUGGGAACAUUCACCAAAAGCUUUGGAGCUGCUGGAGGAUACAUUGGGGGCAAGAAGGAACUGAUUGAUUACCUCAGGACUUACUCUCACAGUGCUGUGUAUGCAACAUCAAUGUCACCUCCUGUUGUGGAGCAAAUCAUCACCUCCAUGAAGUGCAUUAUGGGUGAAGAUGGUACAACUGUUG